CCACUGAGUCGUCUCGCUCUGCCCCAGUCCUAUCACUGCCGGACUUCCACUGUUUUGAAUUUGACUCAUGAGAGAAACUUAGCCCAUAGGGAUUUUGAUUUUUAAAGCAUAAGACACGCAAUGCAAAUCUUGUAAGGCACAAUUUGCCGACCCAAUACAGAAGGCAUCGACACCUAAUUGCAAUAGCCGUUUCCUACAGCAGUUGUUAGGACAACACGGGCAAGUUGGUAAAACUGCGUAACGUUAUAUGCUACGUUUUGUAGAAGCUGGCGACAUUAACGUUAUUAAUUAAGACUUCCAGAAUAUGGUAUAUUAGGCAACACUUUCUUUUGUGCGGGCGAUAAUAACUGCUGUGUGAUGCUACAUUGUUUAUUGUUGUCUGAAUUGGUUGUUACACAGUAGCCUACUUACUGUAAGAGGUAAACACUUCCAAUGCAUGCUGCUCUGAGUCUUUCAAGCUCUAACCAAUGAUGCUCAGUCUGUCAACGUGAACUUUGAUCCUCAACUUUGGUGUCCCAUUUCACAAUUUAAGCUACUUACUAACGUUAUAUGUCGAUGUCUCUUUGUUGAGAGGAAAUUUCAAUGCAAUUUUGACAGGAUGACGGGAAAAGCAGCGUCGCCCAUGUUUUUGCUUCACCCAUCCAGGGGACUAAUCGAUGAAAAGUUCAGUUUAAUCGUACAAAAUUUGUCACAAAUUCAAGAUAUCACCUUGCACGCGCUGAUCCACUCAGAUGAUGGCGACUACUGGGAGGCCUUUGGCCACUAUGUUAGUGAUGCUACAGGAUUUGUAAAUGUUGCCAAUGAUUCUAGUUUAGGAGGGACAUAUGAUGGCGUGGAACCCAUGGGACUGUUGUGGAGUAUGAGACCAGUACCUGGCAGUAGAAUUGGACUCAGGUUGAGGAAGAAGGAGGUCCACACUCCCAUGGUAGUGCACAUCUCUGUGUACAGGGGACACAUGAGUCAGGGUUUCAGAGAGCAGGUGGCCCUGGCGAGUGUCGUCACAGAGCGCUGGUACAUGGCCCCAGGAGUCCGCAGGGUCGACAUCACAGAGGGAGGGGUCACAGGGACCCUAUUCCUGCCACCAGGACCCGGGCCCUUCCCUGCCCUGUUGGACCUGUGGGGUGGAGGUGGCGGUCUGGUGGAGUAUCGCUCUGCCCUCCUGUCGUCGCAUGGCUUUGUCUCUCUGGCCCUGGAGUACAUGACACCCCGGACCUCUGGGGGCUCAACCUCUCAUGUGGGGAACGAAUACUUUGAGGCUGCGUUCACUGUUCUAAAAGAGCACCCUCAGGUGUGUGGGGACAGUAUAGCGAUACUGGGCCUGUCCUUUGGGACCUCAGUGGCUUUGGGGAUGGCCGUGUACUCCACUGUGAUUCAGCCCAGGUGUUUGGUAUGUGUGAGUGGCAGUCAUGUCCAGCCGGUGAAAGGCUCACUCUCUGAUGUCUUUGGCGAGAUUAAUAAAAACGUCCGUAACACUCGCUAUGAUGAGGAGAAUCGAGUGAUCUGGCGGGAUCUGCUCCUACCCAUUCCAACUGAUCCAACCAAGAAAGUGGAUGUGGGGCAGCUGAAAUGUCCUGUUCUAAUGAUUGUGGGUGAGGAUGACCAAAACUGGCCUGCCACUGAGUCAGCAGAGGACAUGAAGCAGAUGAUGGAGAAAGAAGGGAACAGUCACCUGCUGACCACUCUGUCCUACCCUGGAGCUGGUCACCUGAUUGAACCACCGUAUAGUCCUCAUAUCCGUGCCAGCAACUUCAUGGUGGCUGGAACAAAACAAAAGUUGGUGGUUCUUUGGGGAGGAGAGACAGCACCACACGGUCACGCACAGGAAGACUCCUGGAAGAAGAUCCUUUCUUUUCUGGAGGAGCACCUAUAUAGAAGCACAGAUGUGACCUCACAGUCAAAUCUGUGACCAGGCCAGAGACACAGACAUAUUAUUACAUUUUUUGUAAUUAUGACUUAUCUUAAUUCUCACCGGAGAUGUGAUGAAAAAAUAAUUAUGUUGACAAGUGUGCAUGGGAUUAAACCACAUAAAUCAACGAGCCGAUGUCUUAAUCCAAAUUUCGUGUCAUUCCCUUUCUCCUGGUUUUGGUGAUCUACACGAGCCAUAACGUUCAAAGAUUGAGAAGAUCUCUCAGAGUUAGUGCAUUGUUACAAAUGUUUCAUACAGUCUUUCAUUUCAAUUAAAUAGACCUUAUCACUG